CUGCUUCCUCUUUCUCUCGCGCAAAGCAGAAGCUGUGACCUUUAAGAGCGUCGCUUUCACCUGCGUCGUCUUUAGCAACAGCAGACACCUUCGGCAGCAUGGAUCAUAAGGAUUCUCAGGUUAAGGGAGGUGUGUUGAUCGUCCAUCAGAUCCUUGAAGGGAAACAUCAGUAUGAAGUGGAGAAUGUACUGAAGAGCAGGAAAGGAGAAAAAAUGUUUGUGAGGAAAGGAGACAAACUGAUGCAUAUAAACGGCGUGGACCUGCAGGAUCUCACACCAGAGGACUUGGCAGAAAUGUUAGCGGAGGGAAAUCCAAUGCUGACGAUACAUAAGCCCAGCACGAUGAAGGAGUACACACCACAGCCCUACCCAGCUGAGGACACCUUACGUCCUGUCUCGAAGGAAAACACAGUACUCAGUUUCUGCAUGGAGAUGAAGAGGGAGGAAGACCUGGAGGAGAAUAAAGCAGGCGAGAAGGGAGACGAUAAGGGGGAUGGGUCAGAUAAGGAGACUUGCUGUGCUGAAAACGGGCAGAAUGGGGAGGGAGGGGAUCUGCUUGUUAUUUCCAUGGUGAAGACCUCCAUAUCUGUGGUGAAAGGGAGGGGCUGUGACAAGAACAGUUCCUGUGGGGGGUGUCAUGGGACAGGAUGCACCUAUAAUGACGUGGUGGUGGUGUCAGAAUCCAGAGAGGUGGUGCUCGUUCCCAGAGGCGGAGGUUUCAAGCAGCUAAAACAAGCGAACUAUACAAUCAGACACGUUGCGUCCCAACAAUACCUCAGAGGUCUCUGUUUGCAGAACUCCGUCUACGCUUCACCCAAUCCAGAGAAGAUCACCAUCUACACCUACAAGACAACUUACUUUAGCUGGUUCCCCAAAGGAAAGCCUGUGGUCCUAAACUUCACCGGGUCAAACUGCUUCCUCAGGUGCUGCAAGGAAGGGGACCGGGUGCUGCUACGAGCCGAGACAUGUGAGAAGCAGCGGCUGAAGCAGAUCUCGAAGAGCGACGAGAACGCCCUCUCUUUUGUCUUCUUCAUGAAGUCCGACAGCUCGCUUCUUAAGUUUGAGUCAGCGCUGCACAGCGGCUGGUUCAUCCAAAUCGUCAGCUCACAGUCAGUUAAUAUGGCGACACUGGAUGGAGGCAGUGAAGAUCACUCAUUCCUCUUCAUUAUUCAGAAGUGAUGGAGUCACUUUCUCCAGGCGGAUUCCCAGUUCUCAGUCAAGUCCGUUAAAACAUCCAAACCCUGGUGGGAUUAUUUGGGACUUGAUUUACACGUCGGUGUGUCACAUUCUGCUAUUGCAGAACAGCGUAGAUAUGUAUCAUACAAUCUCUAAUGUUUUCAUGUGUUUUUAUAUUCGUUUAUUGAUUACUGAUCGGUUUUGAUUUCAUUGCUAGAAGUGACCUUCAAAAUGAUUCAAAGUAAUAAGAAAUGUUAUAAAAACUUUAUUCAACACUUUUUGUACAUUAUAAAAAGUUGUUCUGAUUCUAUAUUACACUAACAUGAAUCCAAUGUAUGAUUACAAGUAUAAACAUUUAUUGAAUGCG